AUGAGUUAGACAUCAUAACGCCACAUUUGUCAUUCGAAAUUCUACUUAACCGUUUGGAAGUAAACCUCAUUUUGCUCAUCUCGAAAUACUCGUAUGCUUAAAUUUGAAGGCCAGAAGAGAGGAGGAAAUAUGCCACGCGGUCAGAGAAGUGCUUCGGUCAAGCCAAGCCGCACCACCUAUUCGCCAGCGGUGCUGUCCACCGCCAAGAGUUCCGAUAUGGUCUUCAAGGAUGCGGCUGCCCACGCGGUGGGCGUGGCAGCAGGUUCAGUCGUGGGCCAUGCCAUCGGAUCGGGAAUAACUGGGUUGUUCAGGCGGCGUGGCCAGCAGCCGCAUCACAGCGAUUUGGUCGAGGAAGGUCCUUGCGCCAAGGAAAUGAAGCAGUUCCUCAAGUGCACCGAGGAAAAUGACGAUCUCAGUGUGUGCAAGGAGUUCAACGAUGCGGUGCGACGAUGCCACCGCCAAUAUAAUAUUUAGGAAGAACAAAAAGAGAGAGGAUUUUAACUUGUCUUAAAAUUACGUUCCUGCGGAGCGAAAUAAGGUUUUAGCGCAAAAAUUUUAGUUUUUGAAAUGUAUAUUUUUAUUAUUUCGCCUGAACAACUUUGAAUAGUAAUUAUAGAGAUUUUAUA